CGACCUUCCCACUAACAAUACAGAUCCACAACCGAAUCGGCGAGCCUAGAGAGAGAGAUGGUGACGAAGACGGAGGAGACGGAGCUAAACCAACUCGAGGAUCAAGUUGAGAAUGGAGGAGGAGGUGUUUGGGAGUAUCUUUGCCUCGUUCGUAAGCUCAAGGUUCGCAGAUCAGAGCUUGUGCUCAAGCACGGUCUCUCGAUCUUGAACGAUCCGGGAAAGCGAUCCGCUCUUGGUCCAGAUGAAUGGACUUUAUAUGAGCAGGUAGCAAUUGCAGCUAUGGACUGUCAAUCUCUUGCUGUUGCACAGAAUUGCAUCAAGGUUCUGCAGAAGAAGUUUCCGGAGAGCAAACGUGUGGGAAAGAUAGAGGCGUUGCUCCUAGAGGCAAAAGGAAUGUGGGAAGAGGCUGAAAAAGCCUAUUCAAUCCUUUUGGAGGAUAAUCCACUCGAUCAAGUAAUACACAAAAGAAAAGUGGCUAUGGCAAAGGCGCAGGGAAAACCUUCCUUAGCCAUUGAACAUCUUAACAAAUAUCUUGAAGUAUUCAUGGCCGAUCAUGAUGCAUGGAGAGAGCUUGCAGAAAUUUAUGUUUCCUUGCAAAUGUACAAACAAGCAGCUUUUUGCUACGAGGAGCUCAUAUUAUCUCAGCCUACUCUUCCACUGUACCACUUAGCAUAUGCCGAGGUUCUCUAUACGAUUGGUGGACAUGAAAACCUCAUAGCAGCAAGAAAGUACUAUGCAUCAACCAUAGACUUAACAGGUGGUAAAAGCACAAGAGCCCUCCUUGGAAUAUGCUUGUGUGGAUCAGCAAUAGCACAGCUCUCAAAAGGCAGGAACAAAGAGGACAAAGACAUGGCUGCACCAGAGCUGCAGUCUCUAGCUGCAACUGCUCUGGAGAAAGAGUACAAGCAAAAAGCUCCUGCCAAACUCAACCUACUUUCUUCUGCAUUAAGAAGCUUGAAACUCUAAGUUCAUCAGAGACCACCAGAGGAAAACACUGGCUCAUAUUUUUUUGGUUUAAGCUUCUUUUUUUUUUUGUUGUUAGACUUUGUUCACUCGUUGUUUUUGCUUAUUUUAUUUUCGCUCUUGGUUUAUCUAAACUAUUAAAACUGAAGUACAAAACAGAAAUAACCCUUCGUUUUCUUCAAUA